CGGAUGGAUUCGGCUGUUUCCGUGCUCUCCGGUCGGCGGCGUUCGGGCGCCGCCGCGCGUUGUGUGGCUUCGGCCUUCUCCGUGAGCGCUCGGCGUUUUCCGCGCGGGGCCGCGGCGCUCUCGGCGCUUGCUCCCUGGCUGGCUCUCCUCAGUCGGCCGCUGCCUGCCUGUCGCCGGGCUGGGAGAGCCUUGUGUGUGAGUGACGCGGCGGAGGUGUAGUUUGACGCGGUGUGUUACGUGGGGGAGAGAAUAAAACUGCGGCGAGAGCCUAGGCGCGAACGAAAGCAGUGACGGAGCAGCCCGUAACCGGUAACUAAAUGACCAUGGAAUCUGGUGCAGAGAACCAGCAGAGUGGAGAUGCAGCCGUUACAGAGGCAGAAACCCAACAGAUGACUGUACAGGCACAACCGCAGAUUGCAACAUUAGCUCAGGUAUCUAUGCCGACAGCUCAUGCAACGUCUUCUGCCCCAACGGUGACCUUAGUACAGUUGCCUAAUGGGCAGACAGUUCAAGUCCAUGGAGUUAUUCAGACAGCCCAGCCAUCAGUUAUUCAGUCUCCACAGGUCCAGACGGUUCAGAUCUCCACUAUUGCAGAAAGUGAAGAUUCACAGGAGUCAGUGGACAGUGUCACAGACUCUCAGAAACGCAGAGAGAUCCUUUCCAGACGACCCUCCUACAGAAAAAUUUUGAAUGACUUGUCCUCAGACGCCCCAGGAGUGCCAAGGAUUGAAGAAGAAAAGUCCGAAGAGGAGACAUCAGCACCUGCCAUCACCACUGUAACAGUGCCAACUCCAAUUUACCAAACCAGCAGUGGGCAGUACAUUGCUAUCACCCAAGGAGGAGCAAUACAGCUGGCUAACAAUGGCACAGAUGGAGUACAGGGCCUCCAGACGUUGACCAUGACGAACGCAGCUGCAACCCAGCCUGGCACCACCAUUUUACAAUACGCACAGACCACUGAUGGACAACAGAUUCUUGUACCGAGUAACCAAGUUGUUGUACAAGCUGCCUCAGGAGAUGUGCAGACCUACCAGAUUCGCACAGCACCCACCAGCACCAUUGCGCCUGGCGUGGUCAUGGCCUCCUCCCCAGCACUUCCUACCCAGCCAGCAGAGGAAGCUGCACGAAAGAGAGAAGUGCGUCUAAUGAAGAACAGGGAGGCAGCGCGUGAGUGUCGCAGGAAGAAGAAAGAAUAUGUAAAAUGUCUAGAAAACCGAGUGGCUGUGCUUGAAAACCAAAACAAGACACUGAUUGAGGAGCUGAAAGCACUUAAGGACCUUUACUGCCACAAAUCAGAUUAAUUUUGGAUCCCAUUUUCACUUGUCAAGGUGGGAUAGAGACUGGGUUUGCCCACAACCAGAAAGACAAAGUAAACUUUUUAUUUUCUAAACAUUUCUUUUUUUUCUAUGCGCGAAACUGCCUGAAAGCAACUACAGAAUUUAAUUCGUCUGUGCUUUGCAUUAAACUGUGAAUGUUCAAACACUUGCCUCCACUUCUCCUCCCAAGAGAUUAUUUUCAUCACAACUAUCCUGAGCGUGAAAAAGAAGAAGAAAAGACUUCUUUCUCGUGCCCCCCAGCAUUUUCAAGGAGUAAUAAUGUUCAUUUGUGAAGACUUGGGGGGGAGGGUCUUUUGUAUGAUUUUAAGAGUUUGUGCUGACCUCUUUUGAUUGCCUUGGGGACAGAAUCACCCCCAUCCUCUUGGCCUGAAGUACUUUGUGGACCACAUAUAUAUAAAAGUAGGUAUGGCGCGAUGAAGAAGCAAUGGUUGCCAAAUUGAUACAUAUUCAUUAUAAACAAUUCAAAUAUAUGGCUGAGUGACAUGCCAAACGAAGGGAGCUCCAUAUACAGAUUCUUAGUAUGGAGAGAAAAUUAUUAAACUAGCCCAGGAGGCUUUUUGGUGUGUCAUCUGUAAUCUCUCUGCCUUCUAGAUUGAUAAAAGCUUCUCCAUACCUCAGAAACCAUUUCCUUUAUUUGUCAGUUGUUGCUUCUUGCAGUAGGUGUAUGUGUGUGUGUCUGUGUGUUCAAUAUUUUGAAUACACUAAAAGAAAUCACCAACUGAGUGAAACAUCGAGAUAUUGGAUGGGAAAUGAACUCAAAGUACCCAAAGGUACAAUAGUGAACAGCUUUUGUUUAGAAGACAGUUACAUAGUAAACAAGAGUAAUGCUUAAAGCCCUACCUGUUUUUAUCCAAGACAACUAUUUCACCAACUCCAUGUAUAAAUUCAUUGAUGAACAUGGAAUUCCUCUGAAUGUCUCAGCUCUACUCAAACACGUAGGUUAUCUGCAUUACUUUUAUGUUGAACACUGGUUUGCUGAAUUCUUUUUCAAACCCUGAGGCCUCCCUCUCUACUUAAAAUUCAUCUUUGUAAGACAACUUCAAAUAUGAGGACUACAAAUGUGACUAAAUAUUCCCUACUGAAUCCCACUUUUAGGGCAAGAACUCUGUUUGGGGAAAAUAUUGACUAUGAACCUGCCUGUCCUAACCAUAAAUGUACAUAACUUAUUCAGCGGAUCGUUUUAAUGUAAAGGGCCAGAUCCAGCAAACACUUUACUUAUUGAGUAAAGUUGCUCACAUGCAUCAGACAUUUGCAGGAUCGGGCCCUUGAGUAUGCACUGAGGGGAUAGCUAUUUUUUCCAGAAAUACAUGGCAAGAAACAGUAGAUGUAUCAUGUUAAAAACAGUGAGCUCUGUACUCAACAUUAGGAAUUCCAUUGUGUGUCAAAAAAAAUCAUGCUUAGUUUGUGUAUUGGCCCUUUAAAGCCAGACUGUGAUGUUUUAACUUGGUCAUUUGAUUAAAUAAGUUUGCUCUGGAUCUCAGGUCCUGGUUAUUAUUUCAAGCUUUGUGUAUAUAGACAUACACACAAGACUAUGGUCUGUACUAAUACCUAGGCUAUCUAAGUAUUAGCUAAUAUUUUCUCCUGUUCACUCAAUCUGUUUAAGGUAAAAUUUCAAAUUUAAGAUCCUUUUAAAUGGUGAGACAGCCAAGAUGGCAUUAUAAUAAAAGUCACUGAGAGGACUGUAACCAAUUGACUCAAACAGCUGUUAGCAGUAUUAAAAGUUCUGGCUUUCUUAUUUCAGAGGGCAUUCGGUUUCCAAGAGGUUUAAGAAAGUGCCAGGUUAAACUUGUAGCAUCAUUGUUUAAUCUUGGGUCAGAGAUAACUUCAGAUCAAGUUUUGUUUGUAUGUCAAAUUAAACAAAACUGGAACAUGAAUAUCAGGAUUAUGAAAGGAUAAGUUUUCAAAUCUAGGAUUGUCAAGUAGUUUUUAUACAUGGCCUAUUUUUAUCUGCAGUAGAGGAUUGAUUUUCCUUUUUUUAUUUUAUUUUUUUUUAAAUGUAGAGGUCACUUUAUGAGUUUAGUGAUGCAAACUUAAGGAAAGCCCCCAAAUUCUCAAAUGUGCUUUUAUUAAAAUUGGCAGAUUCUUAAAGAUGGAGAAUACAUAUAUUGGAGUGAAUUUGUGCCCCCACUCUAGACAAAGAGCUUACUAUAAAUGUCUCAGAAUUAGUGCUAGAAGCAGAAGCCCUGAUGAUAUUGCAGGCAUGGACUACUGAUUGCCUCAUUUAAACAAUUAUAUGUAAUAACUCCAGCUCUGAGAAUUAAAACAGCUUUUUAAUACUCCACCUGAAGCAGGGUUUUUCCCACUACAGAACCAUCUAUUUGCAAAACUUGGGUUUUGUGGUGAACCCGCAUGAAAUUAGUUGAUGAUCUCAGAUCAGUUCCUUUUAGAUAAUUGGCACUAAUUAGUACCUUUGUUACUAAUCUCUCAGCAGAGAGAGACCAAGAACGGAAUAGGCUGUGGAGACUGAACUAUCAGCCCCAGAGGUGCUACUUCCAGGACAUAUGGAAACAUAUUGACUGGGCAGUGUGGGAAAGCUCGCAUUGCUAAUGUCCAUGCUGUACAUGUCCUGUGGCUAGAAUCUUCAGGGUUAACAAUCCAGACCCUCAUCAGCAUUAAGGUCGCACACACAAAAACCUAAGCCUUCUAAACUACCCAAAGAGCUACAAGAAUCUUUCUUUUUGUACAUGCAGCAUUGAGGAUUUGGGGACUUGGAUUUCUUUAAUGGAAAUGAAACAAGCCAAGAAUAAAAAUUAUCAUAUUAGACCAAGUACAGGGCUGGCUGAGUUUACCAGUAUAUGCUUUACUAUUCACAUUGGCCAAAAAGGGAAAGAAAAAGACAAUGCAGGAAUCCAGUAACAAACAGCAAGGUGUUGGGGGUAGUUAGCUUUUAUAAAUUAGGGCCAUUUUGCUGUAGAUCAGAACUUCUGCUGAAACUAAAUGGGAGGCUUGUUUUCUAUCUUAUGGUUGUGAGUUUUCAAGCGUUGAUAGCCUGGUUUAACUGAAGAGAGGGUUAGAAAGGGCUAGAUCCAUUAUGUUCAUAAUAAACAAGAAUUGAUUUCAAAUAUAAUUUUUGUAAUGUCAUUAUUUUUCAAAACAAAGGCACCAAGCAGGCAGUUUAGAUAUUGUCAGAGGUGCUCUCUUAAUUUAGAUAUUCUUGGAAAAAAUACAUAUGUAUAAUAUGUAAAAUAUAUAUAUAUAUAUAUAUAUACACACACAGUAUAUAAUCUACAGCUCUGAGAGCUUUUAAGUCAGGAAUGCUGAGUAUUAUAGUAUAUUGAGGUCAGAAACAAUUUUUACUUUUGUGUGUGUGUGUGAGUGUGCGCACGCUUACAUUUUCAGUAGGUUUGGGCUGUAUUAUUCAGGCGCUUAUUAUUGAUUAUUUUUUUUGUGCUGUUGUUCAGUUACCCAUUUUAAAGGAUUUUAUUUCAUCCUUCAAGGCUAUUGUGUUUUUCUUAGAUGGAGAUUUUGAAAUAAUGUAAACAAUUGUUUAAAAACUCCCCCCUCCCUCAAAAUUAUUCACUUUUGUGCUUUGUGUCUUUGGCAGCUAUAUAACAAAGGCAAAAAUUAUUGGAAGGGGUUUUACUAAGAAACCACCGGUAAGACUUUUUUUUGUUUAUCUCGUGGUGUAGGGGCAAUGCAUUUUUAUUUGACCAACGAUUUCACCAGAUUUGGAUAGUUGCCAGCAGCAUUGCUAGUAUCUGAAAGCACAAUUCCAGCCAGUCAUGCUCUUCAGGACAAAGUCAUCUGUAGGCUUUUGGUUGUUCUAUGGUUUGUCUUUGUGUCUCAGACCUACUGGCUUGUCUGGUACUAAAUGUUGACCAGAAAGGUGGUGGGGUGUUUGGAACCAUGCAAAGACUCAGGAAAAAAUAAAGAUUAAUUUAACAAGGACAAACCACCCUAUGCGUAACAUUUCUGAUCUAAAUUUGUACUACCGUUUUUUAAUCUGGGCUUCCAGUAGACAGCAGCUGCAGGCAGUCAUCUGUUAAUUAAAACUGGUCUCCGCUUAUUUUUAAAACAGACAGCCGGUGCUUUUUGCAGGUUAAAGCAAGAACAAGUCUACACUCUAAAGUGAGUUCAUUAUCAGUGGUCACAAGCCUGUGGCAGUUAUAGGAGGGUUUCUCUGCAUUUCUGAGAUCCUGUUUGUAUUGCCAUUUUUUGCCCUGAGAACAGAGUUAGUGACAGACCAUUCGCCAGUGACCUAAAGGAAAGGUUGUAUAUUUAUUUUUGUUACGUGAUAUGCUUUGUAAAUGUUUGAUAAAAUGUGCACUUUGACAAAAAGAAAAAUACCUUAGAGCAAUUGGAUAUUGGCUUUGCUUGAAAAGCUCCCUGACAUGGUUAUUACAGACCUACUACCUGUUUGUGACUCUCACUCCUCUCCGCAGAUCUGUUGACUCUUUCAUGAAGAGCUUUCAGCAUGAAGCCUCUUAGCACCUGACUUUCAGCAGGGGCUACUUCAAAAUGGCAGGGGAUCUGAACUGGCAGUACCAAAAGGCUAGAUACCAGGGUGUCGUAUAAGAAUCUCAUUCUGUCUCUUAGGAACACGUACAGGACGAAUGUUAAAUUAUUUUUAGACAAAACAGAACUAGUUCAAAGAACUCAAGUGAGAAAGGGGAAUUAAUUUGGAAGGGAAACUGAAACCUUUUCAGUCACAUUAGUCCCCUGUCCCCCGUUUGAGAUAUAGCAGCACAUUUCCGGAGCUGCAUCCCAAGAAAACAAAUGCAAAAGGAUUUACAGAUUCUAUGUACCAGGAAAUGGAGGUGCAUCUAAUGAUAACACGCCCAUUCAGCUUUUAAAAAAAAUUUUAAAAAAAUGCACAGCUAACUCUCUUUUGCAGUGGCAAUGAGGGGAAUUGAUGACUUAGCUAUACCCUGGAUCCUUGGAAUGUGAGCUUUUCAAAUGUCCUGUACAUUCACGGUUUGUGUGGACUGUGACUAAGGAGUGGUUUCCUUGAUCUUCUGAAUUUGCUAGUUAUAAAAGAUACUGAUCCGAGAGGGACCUGAACGUAUCAUAAAGCUGAGCUAGUUUGGGAGGAUUCAACGUGAUAUACAGACAGGGUCCUGAAGUUCCAGCUGGCAUUUGCUCAUGGUAGGUUCAGCUCUGUUGAUGGAUGUAGCUUGAAUAUUUCUGUAUCUUUAGGGAAGAGGGACCAGCUUCAGUUUGCAAAAAGGGUUUGUGUUUCAGGUUUUUCAGCUUGCAGUGUUUUUUGUAAGUGUAUUUAAAUCAUAGCCUGUGAAGAGAAUUGAAAGACCUUGGCCUGUCUACAUUCUGGUACUGCAAGUUCAGGUCCCAGCUGCACUUUUUGGCUCACUAUAUAAGAUUGUAAUUUUAGAUCUCGUUCUCACCAGCAAGAAACAGGGAAAGUUUACUGUCCUCAGGAGACAUACAUUGGGCAGGGAAGAGGGUGGGGGCAGGGGGCUAAUGAUCCAAGGUUAGCACGUUUAACAGAAGCUGACCGUUCGCUGUACUUGUGACUUGGAAGCAUACUGUUAUCAAAAUCCGUUCGUUGAGUCUCAGCCUUAGGCAGCAUCUCUAGGAAGUAAGGGGAAAUCUGGGAUAACACGAAGUGGGGAACCAACAAGAAAAGGGCCUUGUGCCCAUUGGCCAUCUGCAAAUGGUUAAAGUUAAGAAUCGGCGACAGCAGGAUGCUCUACCCAAGUUGUAUCUUAUCCAGGUGCCACUCCAUUGUGUGUGUAAUGAAAUUAUUUAUAUUUAAAAAUAAAUAAAAUUAUAGAACUGCAGAUUUGUAUGAAAUUUAACACUCUACUGCUCGUAUGGACUUUCUGGGGUGAGGAAGGGAAGGGGCAGAGAGAGGUGGGGACUAGCAACUGUCCCCACACACCCCGCACAGACUUGUCCACAUAUCAGUUGUUCAUGUCAAAAAUAAAUCAUUUCUAGGCCAGAUUUGUAAUUUGAAAUGUUUUUAGAACAAUGUUUUUCAGGGAGGUUUCUAGAGCAAGGAUUAUUAUUAACUAUUGUUAUUAUUUUUUUAAUUUAAGAUGGCGAGGGUAAAGCUCACCUCACCCCGUUUCUGAUCCUUUACCCAAAACUAUCAGCACAAAACAGGGUAUUUCAACCUUAACUCCAGCAUUUCUGUGGGAGUUAAAUUACUAAACAAAGAAACCUUGAUGCAGGAAAUAAGUUCCUAUUACAAUUCCCUACAUUCUAGAAACAUCCCUGCUUUAAUUUUUUUUUUACUUAAUCUUUUUGUGCUUUAUCUGUGUUUAAAAAAAAAUUGUACUGAGUUAUAAUGCAUUUUAUUAACACUAUGUACAUAUUAGCUGCUUUGUGUUUCAGAAUGGUAGUAAUUGCUUUGUAUAUUAAAGUGAUCCUUGUGAAUUUGUGAAUUAUUGUCAUAAAGAAGUGCUUUUUCUUACUGUAACCUUUGUGGUAUAAACUGUCAUAAAUCCCUUUUUACACAAACAUUGAUGUGCAGUCACAUAAACAUGCUUUUAAAAACUC